AUGCAGCUCCGCGCUUCCGUACUGUUGUUGGGUGUUGCCGCCGCUGGCUUUGCCGCGGCUGCCCCCGCUGUUGCCGUUGAAGCUGCUCCCGCUGCCGUCAAGCGCGACAACCCUGCUCCUGCCGCCGUCGAGCGCGACAACGGUGCCCCCGCUGCCGACUGGGGUCUCCAGCCCAACAAGCAGUGGUCGUACAAGCGCGAUGAGGCCGCGGCCGACUGGGGUCUGCAGCCUAUCAACCAGUUCUCGUACAAGCGCGAUGAGGCCGCGGCUGACUAUGGAGUAGACCCUAGACAGUUUGCCUACAAGAAGCGCGACAACGGCGCUCCUGCUGGCGACUGGGGCCUCCAGCCCAACAAGCAGUGGUCGUACAAGCGCGAUGAGGCCGCGGCCGACUGGGGUCUGCAGCCUAUCAACCAGUUCUCGUACAAGCGCGACAACGGCGCUCCUGCUGGUGACUGGGGCCUCCAGCCCAACAAGCAGUGGUCGUACAAGCGCGAUGAGGCCGCGGCUGACUAUGGAGUAGACCCUAGACAGUUUGCCUACAAGAAGCGCGACAACGGCGCUCCUGCUGGCGACUGGGGCCUCCAGCCUAACAAGCAGUGGUCUUACAAGCGCGACAAUGGCGCUCCUGCUGGUGACUGGGGCCUCCAGCCCAACAAGCAGUGGUCGUACUAA